AAUUCGCAAAAUGUCGCUUCUACUGCGUGUUGGGAGAUGCUUCACGGCUCCGUGUUCUGUUUGUUUUGUCGAUUUGCGCAUAAUCAGUCGGGAGGAAAGACGUUGAACGGGCGUGAUUCCAAUCCAAAAUAUCUGGGUUUGAAGAAAUUCGGAGGAGAGAAAGUCAUUCCGGGAAACAUUAUUAUGCGUCAGCGGGGAACCAAAUUCCAUCCUGGGCAAGGUGUUGGCAUGGGUCGUGAUCACACUUUGUAUGCGCUGACGGAGGGGUAUGUGCAUUUCACUUGGAAUCCUUUCAACAAGAAGCAGACAAUCGACAUUACAGAGAAGCCGAUGCCUACAACGCGUAUCACGGAUCCUCGUAGUGUUCCAAGACGUAUUUGGGGUUAAGUCAGCAAUUCAGUUCUUCCAAUUCUUCAGGUUCAUUCGUUCGUUCGUUCGUUUGUUCGUUUGUUCGUUUGUUUAGU